AUGAUGUAUAAAACAAAUGCUCAGCCAGGAACGAAAUACGUAGAAUGUUAUUUAGACAAAAUGAAACCGAAAAUUGCAAGAAGUGCUGGAACAGAACAUGUGAACAGAAUUCUGCUGGUUUCUGGCCUGAAUAGUAAAGGCCUUUUUGGACUAGCAUGCUGCGAAAGUAAUAUAAGGAAACCCGGCAAUGAUAUAUUGAAGCUAGGCGUGAAAGGAAAAAAUAAUUUGGAUGUUUCGAACUGCAUACCCUCGACAUCUACGACGCAAACGACAUGGACGACAAGAACAGCGUCGACAUCGCCAAGCAGGAGUACACAAUUCAAGACCACUACCGAUUGUCAGAUAUGGACUGACUCUAAGGGCUAUAUUCCCUGUAAGUGGGGGAGCCCAAGUACAACCUCACAAUAUUCCACCGAUACUACCGAUUGUUGGGAGUAUGAUUGGACUAGGGGCUAUAAUGUUCCCUAUUCUUAUACGGGCCAACCUAAACUACAAGCUGAAAGUGAACCUAAACAACAACCUGUUGCCCAUUCCGGCUCGAUUUUGGAAACACCAACCUUGGAUCAAUGUUCAUGCACUGAUAAAAAUAUCUGGUUAGAUGUGUACUUCCUAAUGGAUUCAUCACAAGCUAUGACUAGCAAUGGAUUCGAUGAGGCCACAGCCUUCGCUCAAUCUGUGCUUUAUAAGUUGAACAUUGGACAAGGAAAUGGCCAACAAACUCGUGUUGGCUUUAUCUCAUACUCGGCCAACGCGAAUAAGAACUACGAUUUGACCGCUUUUCAAUCAUCAGACGACAUGGUUAAUAAAUUUAACAUCAAUUACGAUGGCAACAGAGGAACAAAUAUUGAAGCCGCCAUCAAAUUAGCUGCUGAAAGUUUUGAAACGUCAUCGCAUAGAAGUAACGUGCAGAAAGUUAUUGUUAUAGUUGCUUCAGCUUAUGAGAGCGGAAAGUACAACGAUCCAACAGAAAUCGCGAAAACAUUUAUUGAGGACGGUGGUUUCAUCAUUACCGUAGAAUAUCUGCAAGAGCACGGCAAUCCGGUGCCUUUGUUGGACAAACUUUCUAGCGGACCGGAGUACUCGUUCACAAAUCGUUACGGAAAUCUCACAGCCGAACAACUACGACAAGCUUUCUGCAGAAUCAAUUGCUUCUGCCCCACAAACUAUCUACCCUACACUCAAGGUGAUGUUGUACCCGUCGGUGGCUGCUAUAGACCCGUUCCGAUAUCUGCGAUCCAGACUCUAGCUGCCAAGAAUUGCCGACAACAUCACAAUGCUAUUCUAGCUAAAGUUGAAAGCAGGGAUAAGUCACUAUUCCUAAGCACAAUGUUUCCAUCAAAAACCAAGUUUUGGAUUGGUUUGAAGAACGUGGAUGGGUACUAUCAAUGGGCUGAUGGAACAUGCCUCCAAAACUCUGACUUCCAAAUGUGGGCACCUGGAUAUCCUAAUAUCAAUGCUGGUGAUUGCGUCUACACGUACCAGUAUUCCGGGUUCAGUUAUGGUUGGUUUAACGACGAUUGCAGUGAUGAUCAGAACUACGUAUGCCAGAGUGUACCGUGCAGUGCCGACAACUACUGUGCUACAAGAGAUUAG